AUGUCGACUUUCAAGCCCAAAAACAUCCUCAUCACUGGGGCUGCAGGCUUCAUAGCUUCUCAUGUCGCAAACCGGCUCAUCCGAAACUACCCGGACUACAACAUUGUCGUGCUGGACAAACUAGAUUAUUGCUCCAAUCUCAAAAACCUCCUUCCAUCCUCAUCUUCGUCGAACUUAAAGUUUGUCAAGGGCGACAUUGCCAGCCCAGACCUCGUCAACUACCUCCUCAUCGUCGAGAACAUCGACACUAUAAUGCACUUUGCAGCGCAGACACACGUCGACAAUUCUUUCGGCAACAGCUUCGAGUUUACAAAGAACAACAUCUAUAGCACCCAUGUUCUUUUGGAAGCAUGCAAGGUUACCGGUCGGAUCAGAAGGUUUAUCCAUGUCAGCACCGAUGAGGUCUAUGGGGAAACCGACGAGGAUGCUGUUGCCGGUAAUCAUGAGGCCUCGCAACUCCUCCCGACAAAUCCUUACUCUGCCACCAAAGCUGGAGCCGAAAUGCUUGUAAUGGCUUACGCAAGAUCUUACGGGCUUCCUGUCAUUACAACCCGAGGAAACAAUGUUUACGGCCCCAAUCAAUUCCCCGAGAAGCUGAUUCCUAAGUUCAUCCUUUUAGCCAUGAGAGGGGAAGUUCUUCCGAUUCACGGCGAUGGUUCUAAUGUCCGAAGUUACCUUUACUGCGAGGAUGUUGUUGAGGCCUUCGAAGUGAUUCUACACAAGGGAGAAGUCGGCCAUGUUUACAACAUCGGGACCAAGAAGGAAAGGAGAGUGAUCGACGUAGCUAGAGACAUAUGCAGACUGUUUGAGAUCGAUCCUGAUAGAAACAUUAAGUUUGUGGAGAACAGACCGUUUAAUGAUCAACGGUAUUUCGUCGACGACCGGAAGCUGACGAAUUUAGGAUGGUCGGAAAGGACAACCUGGGAAGAGGGUCUGAAGAAGACUAUCGACUGGUACACGAAUAACCCCGAUUGGUGGGGAGACGUGUCCAGUGCGCUUCUUCCCCAUCCGAGAAUGCUGAUGAUGCCCGGUGGAAUCGGGAGGCAUUUCGAUGGGGCGGAUCGGUACGACUACGGGACAUCAGAGCUCGAUCGGAAUCCUAAUCGAACAAGAAUGGUAGUACCGAGCCCAAGACAUUCGUCGUCGCCGGGCAUCAAGUUUUUGAUCUAUGGCAGGACCGGAUGGAUUGGUGGUAUGCUCGGAAGAUUGUGCGAGAAAGAAGGUAUCCACUACGAGUAUGGAAAGGGUCGUCUUGAGCAUCGAUCGCAGCUUAAAGCAGACAUUCUAGCCGUGAAGCCAACGCACGUUUUCAAUGCUGCUGGUGUUACGGGUAGACCGAACGUUGAUUGGUGCGAGAGCCACAAGACUGAAACGAUUCGCACGAACGUUACCGGGACAUUGAACUUGGCAGACGCAUGCCUCGAGCAUGGGCUUCUCAUGGUGAACUUUGCCACUGGCUGUAUAUUUGAGUAUGAUGAUCGACACCAGCAGGGUUCCAGGAUGGGGUUCAAGGAGGAAGAUACUCCUAAUUUUACCAGUUCUUUCUAUUCGAAGACCAAGGCCAUGGUGGAAGAGCUCUUGAAAGACUACGACAAUGUGUGCACGCUGAGGGUUCGAAUGCCUACAUCUUCGGACCUGAGCAAUCCGCGCAAUUUUAUUACUAAGAUCACGAGGUAUAGCAAAGUGGCUAACAUCCCCAACAGCAUGACAAUCUUGGAUGAGCUUCUCCCUGUUUCAAUCGAGAUGGCGAAACGAAACCUUAGGGGGAUAUGGAACUUCACAAAUCCGGGUGUUGUCAGCCACAACGAGGUUUUGGAGAUGUACAAACAAUACGUCGACCCGGAGUUUACAUGGACCAACUUCACACUCGAGGAGCAAGCUCAGGUCAUAGUUGCUCCAAGAUGUAACAACGAAUUGGAUGCUUCUAAGUUGAUUAGUGAAUUCCCGGAGAUUCUUCUGAUCAAGGAGUCAUUGAUCAAGUUCGUCUUCGAGCCCAACAGAAGGGUCACACCGGCCUGA